AAUUAAUCAAACGAAUCGGCAGUCGAAACUAGAGAAAAAUGUCUGUGAUUGGCAUCGAUUUCGGUAACGAGGGCUGCUAUGUAGCGGCUGCCCGAUCCGGCGGCAUCGAGACUCUUGCCAAUGACUACAGUCUGCGCGCUACACCCUCCGUUGUGGCUUUUGAUGGCAAGAAGCGCAUCAUUGGCGUUGCCGCCAAGAACCAGCAGGUGACAAACAUGAAAAACACAGUUGGCGGCUUCAAGCGUUUGCUUGGCCGCAAGUUCAACGAUCCACAUGUACAACACGAACUCAAGAGCAUUCCAGCGCGCGUGGAGGCGCGCAAUGAUGGCAGCAUUGGCUUCAAAGUCAACUAUUUGCAAGAGGAUCAGCAUUUCACUCCCGAACAACUGACGGCAAUGCUGUUCACCAAAUUAAAGGAAACCUCGGCGGCGGCCAUGCAAACGCAGGUGAAUGACUGCGUCAUUGCCUGCCCUGUAUUCUUUACCAAUGCCGAGCGCCGCGCUCUACUCGAUGCCGCACAAAUUGCUGGCCUGAAUGUGCUACGCCUGAUGAAUGAGACAACAGCUACGGCGCUUGCAUAUGGCUUUUAUAAGAAUGAUCUGUUUGAGGAUAAGCCGCGUAAUGUUAUAUUCGUUGAUUUUGGCCACUCGGCGCUGCAGGUCAGCGCCUGUGUGUUCACCAAGGGCAAGCUGAAGAUGUUGGCUAGCAGCUGGGAUCAGAUUGGUGGACGCGACAUUGAUCUGGCGCUGGCUGAGUUCUUUACCAAGGAGUUUCUCGAACGCUACAAGAUCAACGCCAAGACAAAUGCUCGCGCCAACCUACGUCUGCUAACCGAAAUUGAGAAGCUAAAGAAGCAAAUGUCCGCCAACAGCACCAAACUGCCGCUGAACAUUGAAUGCUUCUUGGACGAUGUCGACGUCAGCUCCUCCAUGCAGCGUGCUCAGAUGGAAGAGCUAUGCGCUCCAGUGCUACAGCGUGUCGAGCAAACAUUUAAGAAGCUGCUCGUCGAGUCUAAACUGACACUGGACGAAAUACACUCUGUAGAGAUUGUAGGCGGCAGCACUCGCAUACCGUCUAUCAAGCAGCUCAUUGAACAGGUGUUCAACAAGCCGGCCAGCACCACACUUAAUCAGGAUGAGGCUGUAUCGCGUGGAGCAGCUCUACAAUGCGCCAUUAUGUCACCGGCUGUGCGUGUGCGCGAAUUCGGAGUGACCGACAUACAAAACUAUGCCGUGAAAGUGCUCUGGGAUGGCGAUGGCUCAUCAUCGAAUGGCGAAGUUGAGAUCUUUCCGCAAUUCCAUCCGUCGCCGUUCAGCCGUCUGGUGACAAUUGCACGCAAGGGACCUUUCAAUGCGUCCAUUGUGUACGGUCAACAGGUGCCGUAUCCGGACCAGACCAUUGGCGUCUGGAAGAUCAAGGAUGUGAAGCCAACGGACCGUGGCGAGAGCCAGGAUGUUAAAUUGAAAGUUCGCAUCAAUCAAAACGGCAUUGUUCUAAUUUCAUCGGCCACGCUUGUCGAUCGCAAGGAGCAGGAAGAGGCUGCCGCCGCUGGAGAACAGGCCGCCGCUCCCGAGGAGAAGACAGCCGGCGAGCAAGCGGCACCCAAUGCUGCUGAAUCAGCGGAUGGCCAACAGGAGGCAUAUUUUGAGAAUGAGGAUGAUAAUAAUACAUCAACAGCCUCAUCGCCUGGCGGACAAGGGUGGGCACAACGGGUCAAGGGCUGGUUUGGUUCGGGCAAUGACAAGACAAAGAAGAAGACCGCAAAGGCAAUUGAGCUGCCAAUGGAGGUGGCCACUCAUGGUUUCAAUCCAGCCGAUUUGAGCAAUUUUACACAGCAGGAAACUAAGAUGAUUUCUAACGAUCAGAAGGAAACGGAGCGCAUUGAUGCCAAAAACGCAUUGGAGGAGUUUGUCUACGAUAUGCGCAACAAGCUACAGGGUGGACCACUUGAGCGUUAUGUGGUUGAGUCGGAACGCGAGUCGAUUGUAGCGCAGCUAAAUGAUCUCGAGAACUGGCUGUAUGAGGAGGGUGAGGAUUGCGAGCGUGAGACUUACACCAACCGCUUGACGGCGCUGCAGCAAAAAACCGAUCCUAUUAAGCUGCGCGCCCACGACUACGAGCAGUGCCCGGCUGGAUUUGAUGAGCUCAAGAACAGCAUUGCUUGGGCCCGUCAGGCAGUGGCCGAGUUCCGAAAGGGUGUGCCCAAGUACGAUCAUUUAACGGAAACCGAGUUUAUCAACAUUGCCGAAACUGCGGACAAGGCGCAAAAGUGGCUCGACAGCAAUCUGUCCAAGUUCACCCAAUCGCCGCGCACCUCGGACAGUCCCGUGCAGCUACCGGCGCUGCGCCACGAGAUACAAACGUUGAAUGCCUGCGUUAACUCUGUUAUUACGCGCGCGAAACCGAAGCCGGCUGCUGCCAAGACAACGACACCGCCCAAAGAUGCUGCGGAGCAGAAUGGCGGCGAGCCGAGUGCCGCCGGUGACAAAAUGGAUGUGGACAACAAUGGGCAAGCCGCGGGUGGCAAUGGACCCACCGAUGCUGCCAUGGACGUGGAGUGAGCUGUCUGCUGCGGCAUCUUCGACGGUAAUUGAUAUAUUUAAUAAAACAACAAAUAUAUAUAUGGUAUUGGCUAACGAUAAAAACAACAACAAAUUUAACUUAACGUAUACAAACAUGAAACAACAAUUGUAUAUGCACUUUUGCUUUUCCGACGCAUCAGAAUCAGCAAACUGGCAAAAACUGUAAACAAAUACUAAAUGUGUAAGCGUAUAAAACAAACGAUUGGAUUAAGUGCAGCAGACGAUGGCAGUGGAAGUGACAGACAGAGCUGUAUGGAUGGAUGGAUGGAUGCAACAAAUUAAUAAAAAACAUUUUCUAAUCGACCAUUUUUGCAUAGUUGAAUAAUAACAAAAAGCGACACUAAAUGAAUGGAAUUCAAAUAAUCAAAUAAAACCUUAAUGAUGAUUCCAAAAAGCA